GUCUUUCAGUAACGCCGCUACCUACUACGACAACAACGUAGUCGUAGCAGUAGAACGUGGAGAGUUGCACCCGUUAGCCACGUUGGCUACUUUUGUUAAGUUGUCUAUUCUUUGCCUAAAGUUAUCGUCCACAGACCAUGAUCCCGAUCCGUGGGAAUGACGGAAUGAGCUAAGGGGCGUUUAGUACUCAUCGGGUCCGGCUAGUUGCCUUAGAGGCGAACAUUGUUGCCGGCGGCAGCAGGAUCAGAAGCAAAAGCAUCGCGUUCUGCUCGUUCUUUCGUCCGAUCCCACAAAACCGCUGACGAUGGGAGCGGUUCCCGCCAUUUUAGAUGUCGCUUCGGUCGCUGCCGCUGACGAAACCGUUGGACUAUUACCGCCACUAUCACCGCACCGUUUCUAUGGCGUGUCUGUGACUGUGCCAUUUAGCAGCAUUAGCACCGGUAGUAAACGCGCCUAAAAUCUGCCGUCACCGUCGCCGCCGCCGCCAUCUGUUUAAAGAGCCAUUUUCCGUAUGGGCUGUCGGAGUACGGUCGUCGCGCGAUUGCCAGUCCACCUCGACCAUACUUUAAGUGACACAUCACAGUAGCGCACGUUAAGUCGAACGCGUUUAACGACAGAUAGAUAGAUAGAUAGAUAGAUAGAUGGACAUACAUCGCGAGGACCACUGGUGCAUUUACAAUCACUUAAUUACAUGUUCCUUUUUAGUUGACGACCCCUUCGUGCUAUUCAUCCAUGUUACGGAUGCGAUUAAAUGGCCAUUUAUCUACAUAUCUGUACUGUCUAUAAAUAAAUGGCCGUAUCGGAGGAUCAAUGCCACAAUAAUAUCCCGUUUGUAAGGGUAAAAUUUCAUGCAUUACAGUAAACGGCCAUGGUAAAAUCGUAACUCUUUCAGGCAAAGCCCUGGAGCGCAGCGACACAGCAGAGCCUCUUAGUUUAAGCAUGAGGGUGCCGACAAAGGAAAGGAACGAGAUGUUCGGAAGUCACGCAAUCCUAUGGCGUUCAAACAAGUUAUGCAAAAUGUCAGAACGAUAUCAUGUUAGAAGUGUAAAGAGCGACAUAACUUCAUAUGGUUCCAAAUGAAGGCUGUGACAGCCCAGAGCGCGGUACUGACUCACCGCCAAGUGGCGGUUCGGGAAAUAUAUGUAGCGGCAAUCUCAAAAUGAAGAAGCAACGGAAAGCACGAACUGCUUUUACGGAUCACCAACUGCAGACCUUAGAGAAAAGUUUCGAACGACAGAAAUAUCUCAGCGUCCAGGAUCGCAUGGAAUUGGCUGCAAAAUUAAAUCUAACGGAUACCCAAGUGAAAACUUGGUACCAGAACCGAAGGACAAAAUGGAAACGUCAAACAGCUGUAGGUCUCGAACUUCUGGCUGAGGCAGGCAACUACGCAGCAGUACAGCGUAUGCUACAAACUGCACCCUACUGGCUUCAGAGCUACGCGGGUGUAACGCCGCAGACCUCCGUCAACGCGAUGGCUGCUCUCGACGUGUUUUACCGCCAGGCCGCACUGCAGCAGGCUCAACAACAGCAGCAGCAGCAGCAGAAGCCGAUAGCUAGUUUCCGGCCGCCAAUGUUUUCAUCAGGUGGUCCUGGGGCGCCAGGCGCACCCCCUAGCGGCGGAGCUACCGUUCCAUCGGUUCCAACGGCUACUUCCCCCACGACCGUGUCGGGUGCAGCCACAUCACCUUGCAGCAGCACAGGUCACCACAGUCCGGUGGAUGUAGGCUCACCGCUAAGUAUGCACACGUCCAGUGGAGCAGCGCAGCAGAAUGUUGGCCUGCAUAGCCGACGUUCCGAUGUAACGUCACCACUCGAAUUUAGCGGUGCGCCAAAUGACGGAUUAACGGCCGUCGGUAACCCUGUUUCUCAUUUAAGUAAUCAUCCUCUCCACUCGCUUUCACCUUCGCCCCCGCUAGAUAGUUCUCCGGUUCCCGCCGGUUCGGCUAGCUCAAGACCUUCUAGCGUGCCACCAGUGCGGCCGUCGUCGGGGGCUGCGGCAGUUGUUACCCCAGCGUCGACGACCGCUUUACAUCAUAGUAGCGGGGUGCGGGAAACGUCACAGCACCCCAUGUAAAACACGAACCAUAAUAAUAAUUAAUAUUAAGCCAAUAAACAACUCUGUGGUGUCAUAAUAAUAAUAAUGAUGAUAGUAAUAGAAUAUAGCUACAUAUAAAUAAAUGCCAAUAAAACACAUAGCUAGCUCAGCAGGUUCACGGUGAAUAAGGACUAUUCAAUGUGGGGGUGUUCACAUCUGUCGUUCUACAAAGGCGAUGAGCUGCCCUUGUACGUAUGGCGUGUAGACGUGUAUGUGGCUUGUGGUCGAAUCGUGAAUGGUGAUAUGGAUUUAACUCAGUUCGCUUCGAAUUAAGCGAUAUCGGUUUAGGGUUGAGGUAUAAGAAAGCGCCGAUGUUGACUUGUCAAUGACGAUCAUAAACGAACACAAACUGCAGGCAGUAAGUGGCAGCAGCGACAACCGAAGCAGAUCUUUGAAGAAGCGCGUUUUGUACUGAAAGCCUUAAGAUAGUUAUUAUUGUAGAUAAACACGACAGGGGGUCGUGACGGAGCGCAUUUGAUUCUUCCAACCGCUUGCCAUACCCGUAGCGUAUUAUAGUGCUACUUGCAGUUCGGAUGCGUUCUCGUACCACAUAAAUUUUCGACGAAAAUAAAGCUGAUGAUAACGGCGAGAGGUUGCGUGUUGAAUAAACGUCAACGAAAUACUGUAUAUGCACCGGACAACGAACAAUACAAAUCUAUAUUUUGUUGCCUUUAUCACAGGCAGCUAUUUCUUAACAUUGUCGUACACCCAACUUCGGAAGCGGUGAACAUACUAUAAUUAUGCGUAACUCACAAAUGGAUAGCUAUAGUAUUUUGCGUGUGGUCCAGUCCAGCAAUAAGCAUCGCAAAUACAACAAUAACAUUGUAAAUACAUACAAUCAACGAUGACGAUAAUAGUUAUUAUAAAUAAUAGAUAAACAAUAGCUGUGUGUGUUAUUGUGUCUGUGGAUGUGCAUGCACGUGCUUGCACGAUAGCCGAGCCACUACCGAAACCCAAAACUGAUUGAUAGUACCUAUAGCAAUGCUUUCGCAAUUACUCCGGCAAGAAGCUCGAAAAAAUCGUCGAAAUAGUUUUGUUUUUUUCGUAUGGUUCGAACACGCUCUUUAUUUGCUCGCCACUGGAAACGGGUCGUCUGCUAAGCAGAGGAUGUGAUAUAUAUUUUCACGAAAGGGUAAAAACGUGCGAUUGUUGAGGGGGCGAAUGCUGAAGACUGCGUCAACAUCGAAAGCAACAUUGGCAAUGCUCCGACAUUGAGCAAUUAGCAGUCGACAGGACUAUACCGUGACCACGACACGAACACCCACCUUUUCAAAUUAGAGGAACCCGCCACGGGACGCCGCACGACGUAUCAUAAAACGACCAACGUUAUAAUGUUCAGUUUGCUUUGGACUGAUUCCUGUAUAUAAUAAUGGAUAAUGACAAGCUGACAUAGCGGUGACAUUGUCGCGAUUUUACUUGACACGCGCAUUAGUUAAAAAUGUUGUUUCAGCUAAGAAACGAAAUAGCUAGAGAAUGAACAGCUUCUACCAUCACUUCUACCGCUGCUCGUUCUCGUGAGGUCGACCGGCCGGCGUCAGCUAGAUCGGUUGCUUGUACAUAGAAACAAAACAAUGAAUAUGAUUUAGAGUAAAUUUAGAGGGUCAUGUAAACUACGAUAUGAGCUAAUGACAGCAAAGAAAAUAACGAUUUUUGCCAUUUCUGCUGCUACUGCCGCCGUCUGCCGGACGUCAUCAACUAAAUCCACUUUCUGUACAUAGGCGUAUCACACAAAAGAACAAUAAGUACGAUAUACACAGUAGCAAGAAGUAAGCGCAAUAUGAAAGCAGAGAAGAAGAUGCGCAAAAGUAACGGUAUCCCUAUCGACGUCUGCUUCUCCGAUGCAACCUUCGAAUGCGGGUGGUCAAUCGGCAACGGGUCAACGAACAGGAAUCAGAAGCUUAGUAACAAUAAAUAUAUAAUAAUAUAAUUAUUAUUAAUGAUAUGCAGAAUGAUGGCGUAAGGCAUGAUUUGACGCUGCUUGUUUUUAGCGGAAUAAAGCCGUCAAAAUCCUACGUAUGCGAACGUAUGUUCGGGGAUUUGUGCUUAUAAUUGUUAGCUAUUGUUUCCACUCCGGCGAUUUUCGUUUAUCCUCACUACUUAGACAACCACUCGACACUUACAACCAACCAAAAAGAUAGUAGCGUUUUAAUUCGUGCCCAAUCGACAGAAUAGUGACAAUGACAUCACCAUUAUUCCGUAUUAAUUAUAAUCGUAAUUCUGCUGUCUUUUUAAGUCAAAAACAAAAAAGCAAUUCUUACAUACAUAUGGAUUUCGAAAGGCCGACUAUAAACAUUGCGCAUAAUGAUCGAUACUCAGUAGGUUUCGCGAGUUAGCUAGAGGCAGUCGUCUGCAUAAACUGCUUUUUAACUAGCUUCGAUUAUCUAGACACGCGAGUGUAUGUGCAUGUGUCUGGGUUUGUGUGAAUCUGUGUGACCACACGGGUAAAAGAAUUGAUCAAAGCCUUUCGUCUUGAUUCAUGGACACUGGACACCAGAACCAAACGCACGUUAGAUAGCCUGCUUGGUGAUAUGAGUGGUUAUUAUAGAAACAUAAAGGCGCGCGAUAACGGAGGCAAAUACGGAGAGACGGAUUAUCGUAGA